AUCCCGGUCCGCGAGCGCCCUGCCCCUCCUCGCCGGCGCGGCCGCUAAUUGCGAGCGCGGCCUCAUUUGCAUAGGCCGCCGGAGUCCUCUGGAGGCCGGCCAAUCGGCGCGGCCCUCCGCUAAUGGCCAUGCAUUAUUCACCAGCCUAAUUGCUCAGCCCCAUGCGCGGCCCGCGCAGCCGCCGCCGCCGCCCUGCGCCCCGCGCCCCGCGCCCGCCCGGCCGCCCCGCGCCCACCCAGCGCCGUCCCCGCCGUCCUCCCAGCUGAUGCGGCUGCCCCGUGCGGGGCCAGAGCGCCGCUAACGACAUGUCUCGGCGCAAACAGGCCAAACCCCAGCACCUCAAGUCGGACGAAGAGCUGCCGCCGCCGGACGGGGCUCCCGAGCACGGCGUCCCCGGGGAAGGUGCAGAGGACGCGGACAGCGGGAACGAGAGCCGCAGCGGCGGCGAGGAGACCAGCGUGUGCGAGAAAUGCUGCGCCGAGUUCUUCAAGUGGGCCGAUUUCCUGCAGCACAAGGAGAGCUGCACCAAGAACCCGCUGGUGCUCAUCGUGGGCGAGGAUGAGCCUGCGCCGCCCGCUGACCAGUUUCCUGACGCCUCGCCGGCCAGCUCGCCCAGCGAUCGUGCUGAGGCCGAGAGCGAGGCCACGGAGGACACCGCUCCGAAGGAGGGCGAGGCGGGCGAAGCGCAGGCACCUGCCCGCGAGCUGGAGCCCAUGGACGUGGAGGUGCCCGGGGACAAGGGCAGCGCUGGCCCGGGCGUCCCCGCUCCAACGCCCCCUGCGCUGGCCCCGGUCCCGGAGCCCACCGCGUCAGUCUUUGGGAUGCCCAGCACCAACGUGACUCUCGAGACGCUGCUCAGCACCAAGGUGGCUGUGGCACAGUUCUCGCAGGGUGCACGCGCGGCAGGUGGUGCGGUAGGCUCUGGCGUGGGUGCUGUGGCCAUUCCCAUGAUCCUGGAGCAGCUGGUGGCCCUGCAGCAACAGCAGAUCCACCAGCUGCAGCUCAUUGAGCAGAUACGCAGCCAGGUCGCCCUCAUGAGCCGCCAGCCUGCGCGGCCACCCCUGAACCCAGCGGCGGCAGCGCCAGCACCUGGCACGCCUGGCCCAGCUUCCCUGGCUGCGCACCCCUCACUGCAGCUCUCGGCCACACACGCCCCGAGCCCUGCAGGCCCCGCCGCCCCACCGGCCACCUUCGAGGGCUCCCAGCCCCUUGCACAACCUGCAUCCGGAGCAAGCCCCCAAGGAGGCCCCAGCCCAGCAGAGUGCGCAGCCCCCCUAGCUUCCGGCACUGGACCCACUGCAUCUGGCGGCACUGCACAGCCGCAGAACACGCCCACGCCCCCUGCCCUGGGCUCUGGGCCCCUGCUCAGCUCAACCCCCACCCUGCCAAGCCCUCUGCUACCUCAGACUUCUUGCAGCAGUGUCAUUUUUCCCAACCCCUUGGUCAGCAUUGCUGCCACGGCCAAUGCGCUGGACCCACUGUCAGCCCUCAUGAAGCACCGAAAGGGCAAGCCACCCAACGUGUCUGUAUUCGAGCCGAAGGCCAGCGCCGAGGACCCCUUCUUUAAGCACAAGUGCAGGUUCUGUGCCAAGGUCUUUGGCAGCGACAGCGCGCUGCAGAUCCACCUGCGCUCACACACUGGCGAGCGGCCCUUCAAGUGCAACAUCUGUGGGAACCGCUUCUCCACCAAAGGUAACCUGAAGGUGCACUUCCAGAGGCACAAGGAGAAGUAUCCCCACAUCCAGAUGAACCCCUACCCAGUCCCAGAGUACCUCGACAAUGUGCCCACCUGCUCGGGAAUUCCCUAUGGCAUGUCACUGCCCCCCGAAAAGCCAGUAACCACCUGGCUGGACAGCAAGCCAGUACUGCCAACAGUGCCCACCUCUGUGGGACUGCAGCUACCCCCAACCACUCUCAGUGCUCACAGUUACACUGACUCCCCUAGUGUCACCCCCAUCAGUCGCUCCCCACAGAGGCCCUCUCCUGCGUCCAGUGAAUGCACCUCCCUGUCCCCAGGCCUCAAUCAUGCUGACACCAGCAUCCCAGUGACCUCCGAGUCCCCGCAGCCACUCCUCAGUGGGUCUUCUCUGACUAAAACUGAGCCUAUCAGUCUACCUUGCACAAGUGCAAGGACGGGGGACAUUCCUGUUGGUGGACAGGUUAGUUCUGUGCCCACAUCUGCAGCCACUGUGGUCACCGACAGCACUUCCACAGGCCUUGGCAGCCCCAGUCUUCCAGCAGCUUCUGACCAGUUCAAGGCCCAGUUUCCCUUUGGUGGCCUGCUCGACUCUAUGCAAACGUCAGAAACCUCAAAACUACAGCAGUUGGUAGAGAACAUUGAUAAGAAGAUGACGGAUCCAAAUCAGUGUGUCAUCUGCCACCGGGUGCUGAGCUGCCAGAGCGCCCUGAAGAUGCAUUACAGGACACACACAGGGGAAAGGCCCUUCAAAUGCAAGAUCUGUGGCCGGGCCUUCACCACCAAAGGCAACCUGAAGACACACUUUGGGGUCCACCGUGCCAAACCGCCCCUUCGGGUGCAGCACUCAUGCCCCAUCUGUCAGAAGAAGUUCACAAAUGCCGUGGUGCUGCAGCAGCACAUCCGCAUGCACAUGGGCGGGCAGAUCCCCAACACGCCGCUGCCAGAGGGCUUCCAGGAUGCCAUGGAUGCAGACCUGCCCUUUGAUGAGAAGAAUAUGGAAACCCUGAGCAGCUAUGAUGAUGACAUCGAUGAGAACUCGAUGGAGGAGGAUGCAGAACUGAAGGACACAGCCAGUGACUCCUCCAAACCACUCCUUACCUACUCGGGGUCCUCCCCACCCUCACCUCCCUCGGUCAUCUCCAGCAUUGCUGCCCUAGAGAAUCAGAUGAAAAUGAUUGAUUCAGUCAUGAACUGUCAACAGCUGACCAGCUUGAAGUCUGUGGAAAACGGAUCUGGGGAAAGUGAUCACCUGAGCAAUGAUUCCUCAUCUGCAGUGGGUGACCUGGAGAGCCGCAGUGCAGGCAGUCCUGCCCUGUCGGAGUCCUCAUCCUCCCAGGCACUGUCACCCACCAACAGCAAUGGAGAGAGCUUCCGCUCUAAAUCCCCAGGCCCCGGCCACCAGGAAGAUCCCCAGGAGAUCCCACUAAAGACAGAAAGGCCGGACAGUCCGCCUCCGGGUCCAGGAAAUGGAGGUGCCCUGGACCUGACAGCCAGCCACCCCAGCCGGCCCAUCAUCAAGGAAGAGGCCCCCUUCAGCCUGCUGUUCCUGAACAGAGAGCGGGGUAAGUGUAUGAGCACUGUGUGUGGUGUCUGUGGCAAGCCCUUUGCUUGCAAGAGCGCGUUGGAAAUCCACCACCGCAGCCAUACCAAGGAACGGCCAUUUGUGUGCUCGGUCUGCAGGCGGGGGUGUUCCACUAUGGGUAAUUUAAAACAGCACUUACUGACACACAAAUUGAAAGAGCUGCCUUCUCAGGUAUUUGACCCCAACUUUACUCUAGGUCCCAGCCACAGCACUCCUAGCCUGAUCUCCAGCCCUGCGCCCACCAUGAUCAAAAUGGAGGUGAACGGCCACAGCAAGGCCAUCGCCCUGAGCGAGGGGCCACCACUGCCGGCUGGGGUCCAGGUCCCCACAGGGCCCCAGACAGUGAUGACCCCAGGCCUGGCACCCAUGCUGGCACCCCCGCCACGCCGGACACCCAAGCAGCACAAUUGCCAGUCCUGUGGGAAGACCUUUUCCUCGGCCAGUGCCCUGCAGAUCCAUGAGCGCACCCACACUGGGGAGAAGCCCUUCGGCUGCACCAUCUGUGGGAGGGCCUUCACCACCAAGGGCAACCUCAAGGUACACAUGGGAACUCACAUGUGGAAUAAUGCCCCUGCAAGGCGUGGUCGCCGCCUAUCCGUGGAAAACCCCAUGGCUCUGCUAGGUGGUGACGCCCUGAAGUUCUCUGAAAUGUUUCAGAAGGACCUCGCAGCUCGAGCCAUGAAUGUUGAUCCCAGCUUUUGGAACCAGUAUGCAGCAGCCAUCACUAACGGGCUCGCCAUGAAGAACAAUGAGAUCUCCGUCAUUCAGAAUGGAGGUAUCCCCCAGCUCCCUGUAAGUCUAGGCGGAGGUGCCAUUCCUCCUCUGGGUAGUGUGACCGGUGGGAUGGACAAAGCGCGCACCGGCAGCAGCCCACCAAUUGUCAGUUUGGACAAAGUGAGCUCAGAGACGGGAGCCAGCCGUCCAUUCACAAGAUUUGUUGAGGAUAACAAGGAGAUUGGUAUAAACUAGUCGGACUCAUUGGGACUCACUUUAUCCAUUGUGUCCACGUCCACAUUUUGCAGUUUGAGCAUCAGGCUUUGGACCCUCAUGCCUAGAUUCUCAUUAAAAUUUUACGUAUGGCACAAAAUACUUUAACCAUGUGGCUGCCUAAAGGUUGUCUGUGAGCACUGCAUGGUACUUCACUCAACGGUGGGUUUGACUGUUCUUAACUCUGCAACCUUUUAAAUAAAUUCCACUUAAAAAGAAAAAGUGCUUGGAAAACUGCCUUAGAACAGAAAAAGCUCAGAGCAUUUCCACUUCCUUUGUCCUAAAACCUAAUAACCCUUGCAGGGGAGAAAGGAGUCCCCUGUGGAAUUCCAGUGAGCCUCACUCAAUGGUUUCAUUUGAAUUAGUUAGAAACUUGAACUAUAUUUUAGGAACUCUUCAUCUUAAAGAAGUGGUUCAGUUCUCCCAAUGCUGUGUAUUAUGACAGUAUCUUUGUCCGUAGUAUUUAUAAUGUUAAGAUUAUGCGGGUAACAGACAAUAAAAUAGCCCCAACCUUAAAUGAAGCUUUUGUACUGCAGAUACAUCUGGUUAUGUGAUUUUUUUUUUUUAAAAGCAAGAUUUGUUUUACCAUAAAUAAGUGGAUUAUUUCAAUGCAGGCAAAAUUGUGACGUUCUAUUCGGAAAGAUAGCAUGCUUUUUGUGUGCAAGUACCUAUCAGUAACAAGCCUUUUAUUUUAUUUUUUUUUAACUUAAAUGUUUGUAGCUGCUAUGUGGACAGUUGUUCUUUAGUGCGGUCUGUAGCCCAGUGAUUGAUUGGGGAACAAGUUACAGACAAACAUCACCGUAAAUUAUUCACAUUAUAAACAGUUUGAGUAAAUAUUUCACAUUAUCAAAGGUGUACAAUAAAAAGAUAAUGUUUGUAUAAUGUGGUUGCAAACUCUUAAUUUAUAUGAUUGCACUUUUAGUAUUUUGUAUUAGGGAGGUCUGUCUAUAAUUUGAAAAUUUAAAAUGAUGUAAAGUAUUUUAUAAAUAGUACUUCAGUUUAAGAAAAAUGGAAAAAAACAACCCUAUUAUAGUUUCUUGUUUUGUCUUAAGGUCAAAUAAUAUGAGAAAUCUGUGCUGCUUGAACAGAAAAGCCACCGACACUUGUCAGCGCCUCAACAAAAUAAGGCCUGCCAUUUCUUAAAUUAACAUGAUUUAUUUAACUUUUCUACAAAGCCCGUUUAAAAACUGUGACCACCCUAAUGAAACUUCGACAAAUUAAUCUUAGGACUGUGACAUCAGUACAAGUCCAGAAAUAACUGAGAGACAUUGUGCAGGUGUGGUUUGUACUGUAAGCACUCCUGUCUCUUACACACACAAACAAGACUGUGACUUCCUGGUAGCACUGGCUACUGCAUAUGGUAAAUGAGAGAAGUAGCAAGUGUCUAGCAGAAUAACCAGUCAUAACUUUGAAUCUUCCUGAGUCCCUGGUUUAUUUAUUAUCAUCUCAAAUGAAAACAAAGCAGUGUCCUCUGAUUAUUCAAAAUACCAUUUUGUGCUCAUGACUUUAUCUAAAUUGCAUCAAGUGAGCAAAGACUGGGAGGUGGGGCUACAUUAAAACUUGAACGUCAGUGUUGUGUGUACUACCUCAUUUUUGUGCAUUGCAAGUGUUCUGGGACCUGGCACGGUGAACUUCCAACAACAAAAUUGUUCAAGAGAUAUUCUGAGUAGCUGGGUAACAGUGUAAGGAGCUGUCAGCCCCUGAAGAAUGAAUCAGACAGUGAAUCUUCUCAGUUGAAACAGAAAAAUAGAACAACCUAACACGAGUCCAGCAACAGCAAAAGGCGCUGGAGGAGGACGGGCUUCUCUGCGGGCUGUUGUUGAACAGAGUUUCCAGGCUCAUUAGCUGUUUGAUUCCGUUUGAAAUGAACACUGAACUCUACCACUCUGUCGUCCACGUGGUGAGAUGAGAUGUGACUCUCCUGUGUCAUGCCGUCUCUCCUGGCGGACCAGUGACCAGGGUGUCAGCAUUGGGAAGAGGAAACCGAGGUGGCUUAAUGUUGCUGUUUCAGCAGUUGAAUGUUUUGUUAUUUAUCUGUGCUCUUUUGGUGUGUUCUGUUUCCUUUUGUUUGGUUAGUGUUUGGUACUAUGUUAGUAUCCUCUCUUCUCCCAGAAGGAUGUGUAUAUAAUUUAAGAGAAAUGUAAAGUGUUAUAAAUAAGGUGGCUCAUGAAGGGACAAGUGAGAUGACCCCAGUCUGUGCUCAGGGCUGGCUCAUCCCUGCGUGGUGAAGAGAAACACUAUUUUUUUAAUUACAGUGCCAUGUAGGUUGAGGACCUCCUUGAGCCAGCUGGGAAUUGUUACCUAGAUCCAAUAUUUUUUAUGAUUAAAACUUGUGGCUUGACACAUCUACUGAUUGAAAUGGAUGUCUUAGUCUAGGUUACUAUUUUUGUCAUAUGGAACUGAAUAAAAUGCAGGAUGUGAUAUUA